AAAUGCUGUAACUGAAUGAAGAUUGAGUCCCUGACAAUUCAACAUCAUGGUUUAACCAGAUCAGCUGUACAGGUGCACAGUACAGGUGAAGCAAAUAUAAGGGGCGUUAUCGUGCAACCCUAUGGCCAGGCCCCUUACGGUGCACCACCUCCAGGUCAGUACCCAGGACAGCCAGGUUAUGGAGCCCCACCCCCAGCACAGUAUGCCCCUCCCCAGGGUGCUCCAUAUGGUGCCCCUGGGAUGCCAGGACAGCCGCCCUAUGGAGGAGCUCCCAUGGGAGGACCACCACCUGGAAUCGACCCCCAGGUAUAUCAAUGGUUCACAGCCGUGGAUGCUGAUCGGAGUGGACAAAUUACAGCCAUAGAGCUCCAGCAGGCCCUUGUAAAUGGAAACUGGUCUCACUUCAAUGCAGAAACUACUAGGCUUAUGAUAGGAAUGUUUGAUCGCGAUUUCUCAGGAACUAUCAAUCUACACGAAUUUUCUGCCUUGUGGAAUUACAUCCAGCAGUGGAAGGGAGUGUUUGAGCAGACAGAUCUGAACAGGACAGGCUCCAUUGAGGCUCACGAGCUGACUGGAGCUUUCCAGAGAAUGGGCUACAGUGUAUCACCACAAUUUGCUACCCUAGUCGUUUGUAAGUUUGACACGAUGGGCCGAAGACAACUAACACUGGAUAACUUCAUUCAAGCAUGUGUGAUGUUAAAAACACUGACAGACAAUUUCAUGUCACGUGACCCACAGAGGCAAGGCAAUAUAAGAUUAAGUUACGAGGACUUCAUGUGUUUGGCAGUGGCCAAUAAGCCAUAGAUGUUUUUCCUAAGCUCAGAGUACUGUAGAAUUUAUUUUUAAACAUAAUUAAUUAGUUGUUUCAGAAAUUUAUGAACUCAUUUACUAGAUAUCCUUAUUGAUUUUUUUUUUCUAAGCUUAUACAUGUUGUUUGAAAUAUGAAAUUACUGAUUAGAAGGUUGAAAAUAUUCAAUGUAUUAUUAAGAAUUAUAUGCAUCCUUGUUAAUACAGCAAUAGGUUGACAUAAUUAAGUUUGGGCCCUGACUGAUAAUCCCGGCUGUUCACAGGACAAAUAACACAGAAAACAAACAAACUUACUGAUGUCUUUUCUAAGCUUCUGUAAGCUGUUAAGAGAAAUUAAUGAAUAAUUUUGUAUUCUAUAAGCACUUUGUGGUCACCAUGUACAGGUACUUAAUAUACUGUUUAUAUUCUUAUCAGCAUUAUGGAUAGGGAAAAGUCAUGGGAAGAAGUCUUACACUGAAAAAUUAAAUUGUUGGCGUUUGAAAAAUUAAAUUGUUGGUGUUUGAAAACAAAUACCUGCUUUACCAAACACAAGUCUUUGAUAUGAAGUGUAAUAUUUAUAAAACAUACAUGAUUGUUUUCGUAUUUUAAGAAAAAGUUCAAAAAUAAGAAUUUGAUACGUGAUGCAUGUACAUUGUUAGAAAUUAACAAAGUCAAAUUAAUACUGCUGCCUUUCACAUCACUUUAAAAAUUGUGUGUGUUUUUUGUAGGUUAAGGGUAUAUACUGCCUUCUAUACAUGUGAUUUGUGAUAGAUAUUAAGAUACAAAUGUCUCUUGAUCUUAAAAAAACCCCACAGCAAUCAAUUCAAAUUACCUAAACGCAAUUUGUUUUCUCAGAUAAUUAAGAGAGUUAUGUCCCUUGGUCUGUCUCGGAUAAGUAGGAGAGUUAUGUCCCUUGGUCUGCUGCUACAGUAACCAUGGUACUACAUACAUACACUGUGGGCUGGAAUUCAUUUUAUUUCCCUGCAGAGUAUAAGACAUAAGAUGUCCAUUUAUACAAGAUCAAUAAUAGCAAUGCCUGUACAGUAUUGGACUAACAAUGACUGGUACAAUAGGGGGUUCAAUAACUUACAUUGAGGAACCAAUCUUGUUACAUAUACAUUGAUAACUAUUAUGAUUUUAAUCAUGAUUUGUUUGGAGUUUAAACAAAACAGUAGCAAUUAACUGCUAUAAAACAGUGUUAUUACUUAUUAUUUAGACCUAGUUGUAAUAUAUAUGGUCCUCUAAAUACAUAUUGUCCAUUCAUCAGUGGUCUAGUGUCUUCAUUAAUUGUGGGUUGUUUUUUUUAAUAAAAUUCUCACCUUUAUAAAGAACCAUGAAAUCCGAGAUAAUUUUGAGUUUCAGGGUUGUAGGUCAAGGUGACUUCCACUACAUGUAUUUUAAGAAAUUCUAUUUUGGCAUAUUUUAGCCGAGGGUUGAGAUUUUGUGUGAUGUCCACCAUUUAAGGUUAGAUCCAGUACCCUAAAACUAAGCAGUUGACAACAUUUCAACUGAAUUAAAUGAUGUAGCUUCUAUAAUUUGACCAAUUUACAUGAAUUGACAUGUCACCAUAUUUGGGUGACAAAACCUUUAUCGUCCUCACUGUAUUUGACAAAUCCCUGGCCUUUGAAGAGCAGUAGACAGCUUACCAUUAACAGGAUCUGGUCAGAAUUUUGGAGCCCACAAUUUGGGUCAGUUUUAGGGGUUGUACCAAUAAGACCUUUUAGAUGUUUCCAAUGCUUUGUUGAUAUUGUUUUUGUAAUAUUCACAUCCUUUUCUCUGAGAAUGUUUUUUUCUGAUACAAAUGUAUGUGUGCAUAUUGUUUGUAAAUGUGAUUAUUUGGUCUGACCUGGUACUACAUGUAUGUAUGUGAAAACAUGUGAUCUGUGUCUUUGUCACCUACAUAUAUCUACCUAGAGAAUCUGUAUAUACUAGUUAUACAUAAUAUCAAUUGUAUACGAUUGAUUAUGAAAAUGGAAUGAUAAUAAAGAACCCUAUCUAAACAA